GUUCCCCCCCCCAUCACUUUCCCUCAACCCAAUGGCUGCCAGAAGAAAUAGUUGACUCCGACAGGUCUUCCAGUGAAGCCCAGCCUGGGGACCUCCUUUGCUCCACAGCACAGCAAUUCCCUGGGAGCAACAGGCACACGGGGGUGUGCAGUUUCCUUGGAGAAGGUUGGAGCACCACAGGAGCUGCCAUGGCAGGUAACAAACAGACCGUUGCCUGGGAUGUGUUAACCAGCAACUCCUGAGAGAGAUACUGCUCAGAAAGAUGAGGAAGCACUAUGUGGUGACUGGGGUCCUGACUGCAGUCCUGCUGGGGCUCAUCUUGUUCCUGGCACUCUUCUUUGGUCUGCGCUCCGACUCAAAGGACACACACAUCUAUAAGAAGGCAGCUGUGGCUACAGACGCAGGGCUGUGCUCAGUAAUUGGAAGGGACAUCCUUCAGCAAGGUGGAUCUGCCGUGGAUGCUGCAAUUGCAGCUCUGCUCUGUGCAGGACUCAUGAACGCUCACAGCAUGGGCAUUGGAGGAGGGCUCUUCUUUACCAUCUACAACAGCACAGGAAAUGUGGAAAUCAUUAAUGCGAGAGAGGUGGCUCCUAAAAGAGCAACAGAGAACAUGUUUGGGAACAACACACAGAUGUCUCUAAAAGGAGGACUGUCCAUUGCUGUUCCAGGAGAAAUCCGUGGCUAUGAACUAGCACACAAACGUCAUGGCAAACUGCCAUGGAGAGAUUUGUUUCUGCCCAGUAUCAAGUUGGCAAGAGAAGGAUUCCCUAUUGGGAAAGGCCUUGCAGCAGCCAUGAAAUCAAAACAACACGCAGUUGAAAGCAAUCCUUUACUAUGUGAAGUGUUCUGCAGAGAUGGGAAGAUCCUGAAUGAGGGUGAUAUCAUCAAGAUGCCUAAACUAGCCAACACAUUCCAGACUAUAGCUGAUGAAGGAGCAAGUGCCUUUUACACAGGAAGUCUGGCACAACAGAUCAUCGCUGACAUCCAGGGUGCAGGGGGCAUUAUCACAAUGGAAGACAUGCGGGACUACAAGGCAAUAGUAGAAAACCCUAUAGAGGUCAAGCUUGGAGAGUACACCCUCUACGCACCUACUGCCCCCCUGAGUGGCCCGGUACUAGCCCUCAUUUUCAACAUACUGAAAGGAUAUAAUUUCUCUGCUGACAGCAUCAAAACUGUGGAAAAGAAAGGUCUGACUUACCACCGCAUCGCGGAGGCCUUUCGCUUUGCCUAUGCCAAGAGGACUUUGCUGGGAGAUCCAAAGUUUGUCAACAUUGAAGAGGCAAUCAGAAACAUGACGUCUGAGUUCUUUGCGGAUAGCCUCCGAAGGAAAAUCACAGACAACACCUCCCAUCCAAUUGAAUACUACGAGCCAGAAUAUUACACUGCAGAUAGUGCCGGCACAUCCCACCUCUCCAUUGUGGCUGAUGAUGGCAGUGCUGUGUCCGCCACCAGCACCAUCAACCAAUACUUUGGCUCUGAUGUACUAUCCAAUGUGACUGGAAUCCUAUAUAAUGAUGAGAUGGAUGACUUCAGCUCACCUCAUAUUAUCAAUGGAUUUGGGAUCCCUCCUUCUCCAGCAAAUUUUAUAGCACCAGGUAAACAGCCAUUGUCCUCCAUGUGCCCCUCCAUUUUGGUGGAUAAAACAAAAAAGAUCAAGAUGGUUGUCGGUGCUUCUGGAGGUGCAAAAAUAACCACAGCAACAGCACUGGCAAUCAUCAAUUCCAUCUGGUUUGGUUAUGAUGUGAAGAAAGCCGUGGAAGAGCCCAGAAUUCAUGAUCAGUUGUUUCCCAAUGUCACGGAGCUUGAGGAGCAAAUAGAGAAGGGUGUAGAAGAACAACUACAGAUGAGAAAUCACGAUACCACACGAGCGACCGUCGGCAUUUCAGUUGUGCAAGCCAUUCUCAGAACAGAUGAUGGAUGGGCUGCAGCCUCUGAUUCCCGGAAAGGUGGCAUUCCUGCAGGCUACUGACCCAACGCAGCUCUUCAUCAGGGCACUAGUGACACUGAGGUGUGUCUGGGGGAAAGAUCCUUUAGGUCUGCAAUUCAGGGACUUUAACAAGAAAGGGAACAAUUUUGCCUGUGGUUCUGUUGACAGAGCUGGGACUUAGGUUCUCAACAAUCACAACCGAAGUGCCUCGUGCCACAGCAGUGUGCUACAACAUCUCUACCAGGAUGUGACCUACUUGGAGAGUCUGUUCUGCCUUGAGCUUGAUCCCUGCCUCAUCUCCAUCCCAUGAUUGGGUAUCCAGUUUUUGAAGAAGGUCAGGCUCCCCCGAGCUGCAAGAAGUGUUUCAGCUAGGAGGAAUGUCCCUGUCACAGCUAGAGAAGAGACUUCUUUCUUGUUUGUAUAGACAGGAGUUACAGGACCCCAAGGAUAAACUAAUAGACCCGUGCCACAGGAGGAAGUUUGGCUCCAAAUGGAGAUAAGCUUUCACAAACUCACUACUCUUUGCUUUUUAUAAAAGAUGUUUUCUGCUUUUCACUUCAGCUGAUCAUUGGAGAUGAGUGGGUAACUGGGGAAGAGGCUUCAACCUUUCUUAAUGUUUUUUGUUGAGAAGGUCUAAAGGAGAGAUGCUACCUGUAAAACUCUGGGCACAAUUAAAACAAAUAAAUAUGGUGUCACAUUUUUCUUGC